AUGCGGGUGCGCUCAGGACCACCUGCCCCACGUGUGCACGUGCGCUUGUGCAGCAUCACGCAGGCCAUGGAUGUGGCGGCCACCGUUCGGUCGGAGCAGCUGCCGGUGAGCGUCAAGCUCGUGCUGGAGGUGUCCCACCGAAGCUGGGUCAUCAAUUCCCGCGCUGCACAGAGACGGCAGCCCCUACAUGAGACCCAUGCAGAACUCUUGGUCACACACCUGGCGUCCGAGACGGACUUCCAGGGUGACCCUCCCCAGAAGUCCAUCCCGGCUCCACUCGCCGUGUGCACCGCGCGAUCCGGGGGCCUGCAGGCGGCCCACGUCAAUCCCGAGCACGCUGCAUUGUGUGGCGCUCACGAGUGCAGUAGGAAGGAAGGGCGUGCGGAGGACAACAUGGCCAAGACUCGGACAAUCUACCUGCAGCUGGACAAGGUCCUGGAGGAGGUCUUCGUCCUGGGCACUGAGCUGGUCAUGGACAUUUACCAUGUGGCACCGCCGGGGGCAAAGAGCUUCUCUUUGAGUGCCAGCGUGGACGUCACGUGCUGGGUGAGCACGCCGUUCAGGUCGGCGGCCAACGACGCACGCGGCCGCGUGGCCGUGGGGACCCAGGUGCACGCUCAGGUGCUCACGCCCAGCCAGGAGGUUGGUGACAAGAAGAUGUCCGUGACCUUUUACGGAGAAAAGGCUGACGUUGCCCUGGCCAAAGCUCGAGUUUACCUGACGGCCAUUGGCCUCUCCCUGGAUGUGGACUCUGAUCGAGAUGGCAUCGUAGAGCAAAACCACCCUAACAAGGCGACGUGGAAGUGGGGACCCAACGGGCAUGGCGCCAUUCUUCUGGUGAACUGCGACAAGGAGAGGGACUCCACCCCAAAACCCGACAACGAGGACCGCUACCUACAGGGGGCAGCAGGUAAUUUGUUCGCGCUCGCUGGUUAUCUUGGAAACCCACAUUGUUUACGAUCGCUGCGAUGCUGGCUUCAGAAAGAGCUGACGGGUUAUGAUCACCGUGUUAUUAAUGAGCUGACGGGUGAUGAUCGCUGUGUCACUAAUGAGUUGACGGGUGAUGAUCACCGUGUCACUGAGCUGACGGGUGAUAAUCACUGUGUCACUAAUGAGCUGAUGGGUGAUGAUCGCUAUGCCGCCGCAUGUGACCAUCCCCCGACAGACCUGCAGGACAUGUCGCCCAUGCUGGUUCGUACCCGAGGUCCCGCCAAGCUGCCGCCCGGCUACAGCCUCCAGCUGCACAGCCUCGAGUCGCAGCACGCCGGCGUCUUCUACGUACCUGGUGAGAGGCCCAUCGACCCAACGGAGCACUGCGCCACAGUGGCUAAGAGAUAUCUGAGCAAGGUGAUAGGCACGGAGAGCCAUUCGCUGGGGCCGGGAAAGUCGAGCUACUUGUUCGAGUACCCGGGUCGUGGCGGAGAGGUUAACCUCUUCGUGGAGGGGCUAAGCUUCCCGGACGGCGACUUCAACGGAUUCGUUCACUUCCACCUCAGCCUCCUGCAGAGCAUCCUGCCGUUAUGGGUUAGGUUGUUUUGUGACGCUAUAGUAUUAUUUUCUCGCUUUUGCCAGGGCAAACAGAGCACGCCGAUUUUCACCGACAGCGUGGUUUUUCGUGUGGCUCCGUGGAUCAUGACUCCAAAUACCCAGCCGGCGCUGGAGGUCUUCAUGUCAAGGGUCGACUCGAAUGCGGUGUUCAUAAAGCAGAUGACCACCCUCGCUCACCUGGCCGGGUGCACGCCAAUUGAAAUACAGGUCAAGAUGGACGUGUGGAUGCAGGACGAGAUGGAGUUUGGCUACUGCGAGUGUCCCACCAAGGUCAUACCGGUCGUGUUCGACUCCCCGCGGGACCGCGAACUAAAGGCCGUGCCGAUCCUUCUAACGGGCAAGGACUUUGGCUACGUGACGCGGAAGACACGGAGAGGCGAAUGGGUGAACAGCCUGGACUCGUUCGGAAACCUUGAGGUGUCGCCCCCCGUCAUCGUGAGGGGCAAGAAAUAUCCACUCGGGCGCAUCAUCAUCGGCAGCGCCUUCCCCGGAGAGCGCGCGGGGCGCAAAAUGGCCCGCGCCGUGCGCGAGUUCCUGUUCGCGCAGCAGGUGCAGGCGCCCGUUGAGCUCUACAGCGACUGGCUCAGCGUGGGCCACGUCGACGAGUUCAUGAGCUUCGUGCCGGCGCCCGACCGCAAGGGGUUCCGGCUGCUGCUCGCGAGCCCCAACGCGUGUCUCCGUCUCCUCAAGGAGCUGCACCAGCAGGGCCACGGCCAGAGGCGCCUCUUUGAGAGCUGCCCAGACGUUGUCUCAUCCUUGGAGCGCAAGAUGAAGAUUCAGGACAUCCUCGAUGACAUAAACAUCACGACUGAAAACAAUAAUGUGCAGCGCUGCAUUGACUGGAACCGCGACGUGCUCAAGAGGGAGCUGGGCCUGGAGGAGGCGGACAUCAUCGACCUCCCCGUGCUCUUCUUCCUCAACGAGAGCAAGGCCGAGGCCUACUUCCCCGACGUGGUGAACAUGGUGGUGCUGAACAAGGAGCUGGCCAUCCCCAAGCCGUUUGGUCCGAUCAUCGACGAGCAGUGCGCCCUCGAGACCAGCGUGUGCUCGCUGCUCGAGCCCCUUGGCCUGCGCUGCUCCUUCGUGGACGACCUCCUGUCGCACCACGUGAAGAAGGGCGAGGUCCACUGCGGCUCCAACACGCGCCGGGCGCACUUCGCCGCCAUGCAUUGGUGGGAUGUGGGCCCCGUGAGGCCCCGGCCACCACGUGCCCACGGGGUAGGGACGGUGCCCGCGAGGGCCCCCGCCGUACUGACGGAGAGUUUUGCUGCGUACGUUUUCGCGUUUUUAUUGUGCUUCGUAGCCCUCUCUCGAUGUCUGUGUUUUUUUGGUUGCACUGCGCAUUGUUGGGCACGAUGUCUCCGACGUUUUCUGGGAACUUCUUCAGUUUCACGAGAGCUCCCGAAGAAGCCGAACGUGUACGUGUGUUAGCCGACCGUGCUAAUCGGUGGUACAGGGGAAGGACAACAAACAUGGUACAAGAACAUGGUAUGACCCGAAAACACAUUGGAAAGAGGGAGAUUUGCCAAUUUUUGGACAGGUCCAAGCAGUCGCUUAAAAGGUCCCCAGCUACCGUACGUGUACAGUGAAAUCCUGAUGAACAUGCAAUUUUAAAUCUACAAAAUAAACGGACAUAUGUUUGUUUCACUAAUGAGCAGCUUACUGUGCUGUUUGGAACAAUAUUUGCCAGAAGCACGUGUUUAAGUGGGUGAGCGUCAACAUGGUUCCGGGUGAAUAAAAUGAAGCUCAUCUUUCACUUGCCCUCCUGUGCUCCAUUUAGCCUGCUCAUUACAAUGUGUAUGGAUUGCCUCAUAUAGGCAAGAGGUCUCCAUGAACACUGUGGGGUGGGUCCCUUCACCAUAACCCAGC